AUGUGGGAAGCAAUUGGAAUCGGAGUGCUCCUGGUUGCCCUGUGCGCUCCCCUGCUUCACCGUCCCGGGAUCUUUGGCUUUUUGGCUGGCCACAAGCGCGUGACGCUCGUUGUGGCGCAUCCUGAUGAUGAAGCCAUGUUCUUCUGGCCAGUGCUUUCUCAACUUCAAGCUUCAGGUGCCGAAAUCAGCGUGCUGUGUUUGUCCACGGGCAACUUUGAUGGCUUGGGUGACCUGCGCCGACGAGAAAUGGAGCGCUCCUGUAUGCAGAUAGGUGUCGUUGGCGAGGCUCUGCAGAUCUUGGACGUUGCCGAGCUGCAGGAUGGGUGCAGAUGGCCAGCGGAAGUCGUGGCUGCCAAGGCUUUGAGCUUCUUGCGAAAGCAGCGUGCAACUGCAGUGCUGACCUUUGACAACAAGGGGGUCUCAGGCCACCCCAAUCACAUCUCGACCAGUGAAGGCAUGCUGCGUGCCCGCGAGCUUGCUGAGCAUGACCUCCAGUUCGAUCUUUUCUUGCUCAAGAGUGUAGCACUAUACCAGAAGUACAUCGGCCCUCUGAGCUUGCUCAUGUUGGGUGCCAGUGAUGCGGCUGCCACGACAAAUAGUCCGACCGCGUGCCUAACGGCGUUGUCAGCUCAUUGGUCGCAGCUCGUGUGGUAUCGAGCUCUCUUCGCACUAGCCUCGCACUACGCGUACGUCAACACAUUUGUGCGACACGUGCCAGAGCGCGGAGACGCAGCACGCAAGAAGGACCAGCUCCACUGA